AUGGUAUUCGCUCGCUCCGCACUUCGUCUGGCUCGCCCAGCAAGCUCUCUGCUUUCGCAAAGAGUGGCGCCCGCCUCGGCACUGCGAGGAGCUUCAUUGGCGAAGAUUGGCGGUGUUCGCACGCUGACUGCGAGCUCUAACCGACAGGGCAAGGUUCUGAUGGUCUUGUACGAUGGCUUUGAGCACGCCAAAGAUGAGCCCAAGCUUUUGGGCACAACCGAGAACGAGCUUGGUCUGCGCAAGUGGAUUGAGGACCAGGGCCACACUCUUGUGACCACCUCCGACAAGGAGGGUGCGAACAGCAAGUUCGACCAGGAGUUGGUCGACGCUGAGGUCAUCAUCACCACUCCCUUCCACCCUGGUUACCUGACUGCGGAGCGCCUCGCCAAGGCGAAGAACCUCAAGAUCGCCGUCACUGCUGGUAUCGGUUCCGACCACGUCGACCUCAAUGCCGCAAACAAGACCAAUGGCGGUAUCACGGUUGCUGAGGUCACAGGCUCCAACGUUGUCUCCGUCGCUGAGCACGUCGUCAUGACUAUCCUCGUCUUGGUCCGCAACUUCGUUCCCGCCCACGAGCAGAUCGCCGCUGGUGACUGGAACGUUGCCGCCGUCGCCAAGAACGAGUACGACCUCGAGGACAAGGUCGUUGGUACCGUGGCUGUUGGCCGUAUUGGCGAGCGUGUACUCCGCAGACUGAAGGCAUUCGACUGCAAGGAGCUCCUUUACUACGACUAUCAGCCAUUGUCUCCCGAGAAGGAGGCAGAAAUUGGCUGCAAGCGUGUCGAGAACCUCGAGGAGAUGUUGGCAAGGUGUGACGUCGUUACCAUCAACGCUCCCCUCCACGAGAAGACCAAGGGCAUGUUCAACAAGGAGUUGAUCAGCAAGAUGAAGAAGGGCUCAUGGCUCGUCAACACCGCUCGUGGCGCCAUCGUCGUCAAGGAGGAUGUCGCUGAGGCCCUGAAAAGUGGCCAGCUCCGCGGCUAUGGUGGUGAUGUCUGGUUCCCACAGCCAGCACCAGCGGACCAUCCACUCCGCACCGCAUCCUACAGCACAUGGGGCGGCGGAAACGCCAUGGUUCCUCACAUGUCUGGUACCUCGAUUGAUGCCCAGAUCCGCUACGCUGCUGGCGUGAAGAACAUCCUCGAUUCGUACUGGAGCGGCCGUGAGGACUACAAGCCCGAGGACUUGAUCGUCCACCAGGGUGACUAUGCCACCAAGGCUUACGGCCAGAGGGAGGGCAAGAAGCAUGCCAACGCUUAG